CCGCAGCUACGUGGAAAUUGUGCGUGACAAGUCUAGCCAUUCCGUGAAAACCCUGACCACGUGAUCAGACAAAUCGAGGACAGCUGUCAGAGUCUCCAGACAGACAGUCGGUGUGUUUGCCACAAUCUAACGAACUUAUUCGCUUUUUCUUUCGUCCCUCUGCUCUUAAAGCGCGUAUUCUACAAGAUUUGGAUUGUGGAUUUUGCGAUUGGACUGUUUGGAAGAGAAUUGGAGGUUUUUCGUGGUGGAAUAGUUUGAAUAUCAUUGAUCGCCCUCGUUUCCUUCUCACAUCUUACGUGGACGGAUCCCAAAGUCAUAUUGGGUCGAACUCGGGGCUUUUUCUAGUUCUGUCACUCCUCAGAAAACAAACUACUGCCCAAACCAAGAAUAUUUCCAUGGUAGGAUUAAGGAAUGAAGUUGUUGUGGAUUACUUUCUAAACCAUAUCACAAGCAUCCAUCUCUUAAAUAACCAACUGUAAAUGAUGUGUCCAUUGAAUGAAACAAACAAAGUCCUGCCAAAGAAGUCUGUCAGUUUUGAAACCUCUGAAGAUGACCAAGCUAAGAAUAGUCUGGAAGGCCUUGAGGGAUCAGGCAAUGAAUUUGUUGAUGUUAUCAAUCAAGAGUCAAUAUCAAAUGAUGUUGUAGGUGGAGAGGAUGAUCAAUGUGGGGCUGAAAUGAUCAGGGAUACUCAAUGCAGUCGUGUCUUGUCUACAUGUAAAUCUCCCAUUCAACAUGUAUGUCCAAAUGGAGAGAACAUACUAUCAAAAAAGCUCCGUGUCUCCAAGUGUGAACGAUGUAAUGAGGAAUUUGAUGGUAUGGCUGCAUUGAGACAACAUUGCCGAGUUCUUCAUGGAGACCAAAAGUAUUAUAAGUGUAAUAUUUGCAACAAGCUUUUCAGCCAUCCUAGUAGCCGCAACAUCCAUCUCAGGCUGCACUCUGGUGAGAAGCCAUACGAGUGUGAAACAUGCGGCAAGAGGUUCAGGGUGUCUUCUCAUUUAAAGGAUCAUAUUCGUGUGCAUACAGGCGAACGCCCAUAUAUCUGUGAUAUUUGUCAGAAGGGCUUCAAGCAGUCUAGUGAUCUAAAGAAGCAUCGCCGUACCCAUACCCUGGACAAGCCCUAUAAAUGCCCUCUCUGCCCAUCUGCCUUCACGCGCUCACAUCAUUGCCGAGGACAUAUCAAUUCUGUUCACAAAUUCUUUAAGUGUGUAACUUGCAGUGCACUGUUUACAACAGAGGAGGACUUUAACAAGCACAAAGAGCUUCAUCCAAUGUCAAAGGUGCAGAAGAUAGCAGACAAAGGUGGUGUUGAGACAAGUGAAGUUCUUGGUCGUAGCUUGCACCCUAUUCCUCCUAGUGAGCAUCUCAAGGAAGUGCCACAAUUACGCAGGCAAGAAGACAGAGAGACCAAGCUUCCUAAAGAGCCAUGGCAAAUGAUGUCUCCUCCAAAAGCACAUUCAGAAAGAACCAGAGAUCACGUCAACAACUGUUUGUCAAGGUCAAGGGAGAAUAUUGCUUUGGCAGAGUUCAUGGCAUCCAUGGCAGCUCAACGUUCAGCUGGCUGGUCAAGUAAUCUGGUUGGCGGAGAAAAACAAACACACAACGACAAGGGUGAACAUUCCAAAUGUUUACCUGUAGUUAGUGAUCCAGUGAGAGUACCAGAGCCAAGACAAGUAGAUUUAAAGCAUUUUACAGAACCAUCUCAUCAAGAUGCUUCCCCUGAAAGUGGUAGUCCUCUUUGGGCGAGAAGGAAGUUUCACGAUAAGGAGAAAGUAUUAAUAAAUGAUAUCGAUGGUCACAAUGCGUUAAGAAAUAACUUUAGGGAGUCAGGUUAUGCAAGUCAAAUGUAUUGGGUUCCAAACCCAGACAGGAGCAUCAGUUCUGUCGUCAGAGGUCAAUAUUCACCACAGAGAAGGGACAUCAAUGACAUCAGCAAGAGAGGUAUGUCACCUGUUCCACUAGCAAUGCAUCCACGAUCUCCUAAGAAGGAGUUGAGUACAUCCUCUGUUGAAGCUGCAAGGAGUUCUAAUGAUGCAUGUGAUACACUGGCGUCAUUGACUAUGGAACAUAGCCAACCACAGUGCCAUAGGGUGUCUGUCAUUCACUACCAUUCGAGUUCUGCUUCAUCAGGUAAAAAUGACCAAGGAAAAGAAAUCAAUGAAACCAAAGAAGAAUCAUCCAACAAUAAUAAUUCUGAUGAAAGGUCAGAUCCAAGAAACAGUAGCCCUAAGAAGUCACCAAUAUGCGAAGACAGUGGGAAAACUGUUGCUGAAGACGUUAGGUUUGUUUAUCAUGGAUCAAGCCAUCCUCAGUUUCUAAGUGGUUUUAAUGAACCUUUUAUUCCAGCAGAUGAUAGGACAAUAGGUGAACAUUUUCAUGAAGUUUCAAAAAAACCUUUUGGAUUUUUUAACAAAGACUUACCUUCUGAACACCAGCUGGACAAAAACAACAGAACAAACUGGACUGGACACGAUAGACUCACUAUUUUACAGAAGAGAAGGUAUGAAUGCAUUGAUGCUAGUACUACAGAUGAUGUUAUCAAGGGCUCACCUUACCUUAAAACAGAGAGGUACCCUUUGGAAAAAGUGAUUGAGGUUGAAAAUAUUAAGACAGAACCUACAGCAGAGCCAGACAUACACCUGAUAAGGAAUGACCCUGAAAAUGAACAAGCUAGUCAGGAUUCCCCUCUGUUUGAAAAUCAUUUGUUGUCAAGUAAGACGCUUGUAAAGAAUGAAGGAGAGAAAGACCACGAUGACGAAGAGCAGGAUGCAAAAUUGAGAUUUGUUAAUAUUGCCCCUAAACCAGAAGAAAAGAAGGUUAAAGCAGUCAUGGACUAUGAUAAACCAUACAAGUGUACUGUGUGCAGCAAGAGCUUUUCACGAGCAAGUCUUCUCAAACAACACUCUGUUAUCCACCAAGGAAACAAAAGAUUUAAGUUUGAGUGUGAAACAUGUCAGAAAAUGUUCAGGACUCGUAGUCAUCUCAGGGAUCAUGUGCGCAUUCAUACAGGUGAGCGUCCUUUCAAAUGUCACAUCUGUUCUCGGGCUUUCAAACAAUCCAGCGACCUCAAGAAGCACAUUAAUCUACAUACUGGUGCCAAUCAGUUCAAAUGCGAAGAUUGCAACAUGGAAUUUCGGCGAGCGGAUGCUCUCAGGAAGCACAAACUUAGUCAUCAAGCAGAAGGAACAUUUUCUUGUGAUUAUUGUGGACAGGAGUUUGAGCAUAUUGGUGCUCUUCAACAACAUCAGACUUUACAUACAGGAACAACAAAUCGGCAAGCAGCCAGGCCACUCUUAAGAUGUAACUUCUGUUUCAAGACCUUCUCAAGAACUAAAGUAGAGGCUUUUCAUGCUCAUUGCGAAAUGCACCGACAAGAAAUUAAAGGCCAAUCACUUCCACCAACCAAGGACAUGCUAAACUGUACCAUCUGUUCAUUGACAUUUACUGGUGAAAAUGAACUGAGGGAGCACAUGAAUAUCCACACAGGGAAUAAGCCGUACAAGUGUGUAACUUGUAGCAAGGAGUUUUGCAUCGCUGCUCAUCUAAAGGAACACAUGAGAGUACACUGUGAUGCUGUUAUGUUACAAGCGGGAGAAUAGCUUCUAACUCUGUAAAAUGAUCAGAAGGUAUAACAAUAUGGGUUGUUUUUGACUGAAAAGCAGUUUUUAUAUGGUAUUGGAGAAUGGAACUGUAAGCAGUGAUAGUUUGAAAUUUUAAAGCCCUUUAUUUUCAAGAUGGCUGUGUCAUUUUAAUGCAGUUGUGAUAUUGUCAGGUGCAGAAUAAGGCACAAAUGAUAUCUUAGCAAUAUUAUUGCAUUAGCAUUGUGUGUGCAAAUAUAAUCCCUAAAGGCUCAGUUACACAGAGCAAUUUUCAUGGCAACUUGUCUCGUAACGCUCUUGUGAGACAUUGAGUUGCAUGGAGCAAUGCAGCAUGUAGCCUACAAUGCAAUUUGAAACAAAUUUGCAGCAAUAAUUUUGCAAAAAGUAGAAUUUGUUUCUACUUUUGGCAACGAUCUGUCUCCGUUGCACUUUGUAAACACUCUUGCAACUUGUCUUGCAACGUUGUUGUGAGACAAGUUGCAGAGAUUGCUCUGUGUAAUCAUGCUUUAAUUAACACUGAAACUAACCUGAAACUUAGUUUUGAACUCAUUCUGUAAAUAAUUAAGGAUGUUUUUGACUUUUCCUGUUAGCAUUAUUCAUACUUUAAAAGUCAUCUUGCUAGGAUUAACAAUCUGGUGCUUUUCUUACCCCAGUUCAUUGCCAAUUAAUAAUAGAGUAAUCGAUUUACUGGUCAAUUAGUUUAUUGUUUUGAAAGGCAUGAAUUGUACAAAGCACUUUUUUCUCCGACUCUCAUUGUGUAGGUUUCUUGUGUUCUAACUUGUCAUUCACCACCAUCCAUACAUCGGUUCACUUGUCGUACACAAAGCAUUAAAUAGAGGAUGCAAGGUAGUUUCAAAAAUUUGUUCAAAUUUUUACCUUGCAGCCGUUAAUUUGUGUUCAACUAGUGAAACAUUAUGUAUGGAAAAUAGUGAUUGAAGGUACCCAGGCUGUCAUGUGUUCAACACAGGUACUCCAGCCUAUCAAGGGUCCUACACAAGUAAACCAGCAAUACUCCUUUUUACAUUUCCGUUCAGUGACCACAACCAAUAGUUCCUAGCCGAGGCUGGAGUUUCUGCACAUACCAAAACUACAGUUUAUUACGUGCGGUAACUCCAGCCUCGGCUAGGAACUUAUUCGUGGUCACUGAAUGGAACUGUAUAAACGAACUUAUUGUUGAUUUGAUUUCUUAUAGAGCCUUUUCACUUGAUGUAAUAGCCGCCAAAUUGUUGUUUUACCUAAACAAUACAUUUUCUAUCCUCAGGUAUUUAACAGAAUAUUGAAGGUUUCUAUUGUUUUGUUUGGUACACCAAUAUGGCUGUCUUGUCAUGUGAGUGAAAAUAGUCAAUAUAAGACCAGAACCUUUUUAUAAAACAAGAAACAUUUCAAAAAUAAACAGCCACAUUGAGUCUUAUGAAUAUUUAAAAUUGCUAAGGAAAAAAUGCUUGUUGUGUUAAUACCUAUCAGUAUGUAGUAGUAGUUAAACUGAAAUGUACAUAUUAAAGGCGCUGGUUGCCUUAAAAGUGUAAAGGCCGGCUGGUCCUGUGAAUUGACACAAUGAAAUUGUAUUUCAUGCAUUGACAUAUUCAUUUUUCAUGUCGCAAGCAAGCAUCACACAGCUCAUAAUAUAAAAAAUAUUCAGAUCGUAACAUAAUUUAGAAUUUAUGCAGGUUUCGCUUAGCAAGCACCAGGAAAAUUUGAGAAAAAUUUGAAACACAAAAUGAAACUUAUAUGUAAAUAUAUAUUUUGGUAGUUACAGAUUGAAGUCACUAAACCUGUGAAAAUUGACAAUCAAGUAGACCCUUGAAUUCCAUUGUUAUCAUUGGUGUCUAUUUGGCUAUUACUUGCUGACUUGCAUUUUUUAUUUCACGGGUUGAAUGCCUUCAUUCUAUGCUGCACUGUAAAGCAGAUUUCUUGUGAGUACAAAAUCUCUUGAAUGGUUUCUUCUUAAAACCAAUCAAAAACCAUAACAGUUCACAUGUAUCCAAUCACAGUGAGCUUGAUAGAGGAAUCCAUUUAAGGGUUGAGACCCAACUUAUAGGAAAUCUGCUCUGCCAUCAUGCCCCAUGUAAAAACUAACAUUUCAAAAGUGUUGUGCAAUAAACAGUUGUAUAUUAUAAA